AUGGGUUUCUUCGGUCGCCCUCUCCGCCCCGCCCCUUCUCUCACCACCCGCCUCCAUCCCCCACUCUCAGCUCUUGUCACGUCCCGUCUCACCAAGUGUCCGCACAUCGCGCUGAUUGAUCGGCAUCACAGCAUGGACGAGGCGAAUGGGAGCGGCGAUGCCGCCGCGCCGAUCGAAUCGCUGGCCUGUCUGCGCUGCAGCAAGCCCGCGCGCCUGCAGUGUCCCAAGUGCCUGGAGCUGAAGCUUCCGCGCACCAACGCCUCUUUCUGCUCGCAGGAGUGCUUCAAGGCGUCGUGGGCGGACCACAAGGUGCUGCACAAGGUGCCGCCCGCGGGGAAAGGCGCGGGUGCGGGCGCCGUCGCGGUGGUAGCAGCGGGCGCGGGGGAGGGGUAUGAAGUGGCGCCGUUCCUGCAGCAGGGGUGGCUGUACGUGCUGCGCAAGGGGCAGACGCGCGCCGCUAAGAUGCCCCCCUUCGACUGGACCGGUCCUCUACGCCCCUUCCCCGUGGCGCCGCGGCGCCCUGUGCCCGCCCACAUUCCGCGGCCUGACUGGGCCGACACUGGGCGGCCUGAGGAGGAGCCCAACAGCCAAUGGCAAAACAGCGUCGAGAUCAAGUCGCCAGAGCAAAUAGCACGAAUGCGGCAUACAUGCAAGGUGGCACGAGAGGUGUUGGACGUGGCAGCAGCCAUGAUCCGCCCGGGGGUCACCACAGACGAGAUCGACCGCGCCGUGCAUGACGCCACCAUCAAGGCCGGCGGGUACCCGUCGCCGCUCAAUUACUACUUCUUUCCCAAGUCCUGCUGCACGUCGGUGAACGAGGUGGUGUGCCAUGGAAUCCCAGACUGCAGGAAGCUGGAGGACGGUGAUAUUGUGAACGUGGACGUCACUGUCUACCUCAACGGCUGCCAUGGUGAUUUGAACGAGACCUUCUUUGUGGGCACGCCCAGUGAUGCGUCCGUACAUCUCGUGCGCACCACUAUGGAGUGCCUUGAUAAGGCCAUUGCCAUGGUGAAGCCAGGGGUGCGGUUUCGGGAGGUGGGGGAGGUGAUCAGUCGCCAUGCCGCUCAAGCUGGUCUCUCCGUGGUGCGUACGUACUGUGGGCACGGCAUAGGAGAGCUAUUUCACUGUGCGCCCAACAUUCCCCACUACGCCAAGAACAAGGCCGUGGGUCUCAUGAAAGCGGGCCAGAUUUUCACCAUCGAGCCCAUGAUCAAUGCGGGUGGAUGGAAGGAUCGCAUGUGGCCGGAUGGAUGGACAGCAGUUACAUCUGAUGGCUCACCAAGUGCACAGUUUGAGCACACCAUGCUGGUGACAGAAACAGGGUGUGAGGUUCUUACAGCUCGGCUCCCAUCAUCGCCUAAAGUUUUUCCAUGGCUAUCAUGA